AUGUCAUCCGACAAGGUAUCACGCGAGGAGACUCGCGUGAAGGCACCAUACGAGUUUGACCAAGAAAAGGGAGUCCCAAUGUACCAGACAACUUCGGGACCUGUAGCGGGCGAGGUCUUUGAUGAGUCCUACGGAACAACACAACGCGGCCUCAAAUCACGACAUGCUCAAAUGAUUGCUUUGGGAGGCACAAUCGGUACUGGUCUUUUCGUCGGCAGUGGUCAGACGCUCGCUAGAGGUGGCCCAGCAUUCAUCUUGGGAUCGUUUGUCUUUAUGGCUGCGUUGAUCUGGAUGAUAGUUACUGAUCGAUUUGUGUCGUCCAGUUUCGGUUUUGCCUUGGGUUGGCUAUAUUGGUACUCUCUCGGCAUCCUGGUACCAUACGAGAUCACAGCAGCUGGUCUGGUCAUCGAGUACUGGGGAUCUACCAUCAAUAUCGCUGUCUGGAUCUCCAUCAUGCUAGUUCUGAUCGUCGCACUCAACCUUCUGCCAGUCAAGUACUAUGGAGAAGUUAUCAUGAUGGUCGGCCUCUUGCUUGUAUCGCUCAUUAUCUGUCUUGGUGGAGGUCCCUCUGGACACAGACUUGGAUUUCGCUACUGGCAGAACCCUGGCGCGGCGAACAUCUAUCUUGCCGAAGGAAACACUGGACGCUUCAUAGCACUGCUUUCGACCUGGGUGCUGAGUGCAUUUCCCUUUGCCUUUGCUCCAGAGCUGUUGGUUGCAACUAGUGGUGAGAUCGAAGACCCGCGUCGCAAUCUCCCCAUUGCAGCUAGAAGAUACUUCUACCGCCUUAUCUUCUUCUACAUUUUCUCCGUUCUCGCUAUUGGCGUCAUCUGUCGUUCAAAUCACCAGGCAUUAACCAAUGGCGGAGUUGGAGCCGGGUCUUCGGCAUUCGUGGUUGGUAUCAAGAACGCUGGUAUCCCUAUUCUGGAUUCGAUCAUCAACGGAGGCAUCAUCCUUAGCGCUUGGUCGUCUGGAAACUCGUUCCUCUACCUUUCUGGACGAAGCUUGUACUCACUUGCCCUUGCUGGUAAUGCUCCCGCUUGGUUCAAACACUGCAGCAAAAGCGGUGUACCAAUCCGUGCGAUGGGAGUGUCAUCACUGUUCUCGUUGUUGGCCUAUCUCAACGUCGCAAACUCUGCCAGCGUCGUCUUUAACUGGCUCGUCAACCUUACCAACACGUCAGCCUUCAUAUCAUGGAUCUGCUGCUGCGUCACUUACAUACGCUUCCGCAAAGCCAUCGCCGCCCAAGGCAUCCCAGACUCUGACCUCCCCUACCGAAACACUUCCAUGCAGCCCUGGGGCGCAUGGUUCGCCCUGAUAUUCUUUACCAUCUUGACAUUCAUCAAUGGCUUUACCGUUUUCUGGCCGCAAAACUGGUCGAUUGCCAGUUUCUUCACGGCUUAUGUUGGCAUUCCCAUUCCCAUCAUUAUUUAUCUUGUCCAUAAGGUGUUUUGGGCUAGACAUGAGGCUUGGGCUCGUGCACCGCUGACUGUGGAUCUUGUGAGUGGGCUUGAUGAGGUGAUGACUACGCAUAAGCCCAAGAAGCCUUAUACCAAAUGGUAUCACUACAUCAGAGUGCUGUGGGAGUAG